AUGGGUCUUAGUACUUUACUUAAUUUUGGCAUUGGUUUAUACGAAGCUUAUGAUGAUGGCAUGUUUGAUGGUUUUCUUAAUAGUAUGCCCAAUGGUGGUUAUCCAACACUUUAUAAUAUGUUUGAUCAAGGUUCACGUUAUCAAAUGCCAUACUCACCGUAUGGUUAUACUCGCACUUAUGCAACAUUUGGCUAUUAUUAA